AUGGCAGCGGCGACAGCGGCGCUUCUCCCCUACACAGGCUACGAGUGGAACCGCUCCUCGCCGCUACGCUCCUCGCCGGACACCUCCUCUUCUAUGUACCCUGAUCGGCCCAUACGCCCUCUGCCAGCACGUUCUCUGCGAGCACGACUGUCCCCAGAGCAGGCCGAGUCGAUCGUCUUCCCCAACAACCCUCCCUCUACGGGGCCGUUGUUCAAUUUCCCGUAUACGUCCAGUGAGCGUGGCAACAGGGCUCUGAGAACAGGCGAGAACGACCAUCAUGCUUGUCAUUGUGGCCAUACUCACUCUGAAGUAGAAAGCGAAGAGGACGAGGACGAGCGGAGUGCGCCGCUGCCUUCUUCUCCAAGCUAUCACUACAGUAGGGGCGCGCCAGGCAGGAACGCAAUUGCGGCGUCAAGCUAUCACAAGCCAGGUUCUGCCUCUUCUUCAGUGGAUGGUUACGAAUCGUUUGAGAACACAAAUAACAAGAAGAAACGGAAAAUUCCAAAUAUGGGAAGCAAUAGCUCGCAUCACACGACCCUCUCGGCGGACGUGGCAAGCAUGAGCAUCGCAAACUACGAGAACGGCGAGGUCAACGAUGGCGUUGCACGCUACUGCUCUGAGCCAUCGACCCCGCAGCACAACUCAGGGACAGGCAUCGCAGGGGCUGGCAGAGGGCGAUUCGGCCGUAGUGGUUCAGGACGCUCGUCAUACGAACGACGAGUGCUAGGCAAUUCGACCAAUCUUGCCAACGCCAAAGCAAGCAAACGUCCUUCGGAGCAAAGCGGCAUCAUCUCCACAGCCAUUGCCAGCGCACAAGCAACCCCACCGCCCCCAGGCAACGAGAACGUCAGUUUGCUGCAUCAGGAGGCCGCAAAGAACAGCGCGACGAAGACACAAUUCACCUUCACCUGCGGUUCUGACUCAGCAAACAAGAUGGUUUGGCCCGGCCAGGAAAACGGGCCGUACCCUCAGCCCCCGGGCGCGUAUCCCAACACGACCGCUCCUCUAUCGGCUCAUCCCCAGAUAGCUCGCGCUCGCCCUCCCGUUCGAUCGGACGCCCCUGCUGUGUCGACUCAGGGUACCCAGACCAUUCCCAACAUGAAUGGAGUACAUCCUCCUGCAAAUAGGGGUGCACCACUUCCAAAGGGUGGCCAGCCUCCACAGCAGGCAUCUCCAGCACGCAAGCCGAGACGUAGUGUUUCGAAGCUUUAUGCAUACGCUGCUCGCAAGCGCCGGACGCAGCAGGAGUACGCUAACUUUCACAACCCUCCCAGCCAGCCCUGGAUCUGCGAGUUUUGCGAAUACGAAGAUAUCUUUGGGCGUCCUCCUGAGGCCUUGAUCAGACAAUACGAGAUGAAGGACAGGAAGGAGCGACGCCGGCUCGCAGAAAAACGUCGGCUACUGGAAAAGGCGAGGAUGAAGGGGCGAAAGGGAAAGAAGGCAAGUAAGAAGGCGCAGAACAACGUGAGCAACGGCCACAAUGCUCAGAACGCGGCGCCUAGCGGCUACGAUCGUCACGAUGACGGCUCCUUAGACCCUGAGGAUGACUACGAUUAUGACUAUGAUGAUGACGGAGGGACACCACGAGAGGGGACUUGCUGUGGUCAUCAUUGUUCGCACCAUCCUCCACCAAAGGUUCCGCUACUACCUCCCCGAGAUCCGCGAAUGGGCAUGCCGCCCACUAGUAACGGCGCUUAG